AUGGACCGUGUUAGUGGAUGGAGAUUGCCGCCACUUGGUGCGGACCAGCAACUUGGUGCGGACAAGCAACUUGGUGCGGAUCAGCAAGGUACGGAGAGCCUGGAGGACACUCUCUUUGCUCUGCUGGGAUUCGAACCCGCUCACGCCGGUACUGCUGCAACCAUGAACGGUCUGCCUGACCCCCCUCCUUCAACGUGGCCUGAUCGGUCCGAGCUGCUCAACGGCGAUAGCUGUGGUAUUCCACUUCCUGGUGCGGACUCGGGAAUGAAAUUUCCCCCUUCGGUUUGCCACGUUCGACCCAACCCACCUCCUCAGGCAACCGCCAUCGCGGUUGGACGUGUAACAGCUGGUGCUGGUGCCACCCCUGCACCUGCUGCUGCUCCCCGAAUGUCACAAAAUCACCCAGCACGCUCGGACCUAACCGCUCCAGUGUACCCCACUCAGUCUAUUCAUGCCAUGCGGCCCAGCAAUGCUGCUUCCACCAGCUCUGCACCUGCUGCUGCUCCCAGAGAUCCAAGAAAUGCAGCACACUCGGACCUUGUGGCUCCACCCCAACCCACUCAACCUGCUCAUGCCAUCACGAUGGCCGGCUAUGCGGCUCUCAUCAACCCUGCACCUGCUGCUGCUGCUGCUGCUGCUGCUGCUGCUGCUGCUGCUGCUGCUGCUGCUGCUGCUGCUGCUGCUGCUGCUGCUGCUGCUGCUGCUGCUGCUGCUGCUGCUGCUGCUGCUGCUGCCGCUGCUGCUCCCAGAGUGUCAGCAUCUACAGCACAACCAGGCCCCAUCACUCCACCCUCACCUUCUCAGCUGCACAGCAGCUCCACCAGCUGUGUUGCUCCCACCAGCUCUCCGCCAGUUUCCUUUGUUGGAAACAAGUCCCUGUCACUUCCACCUUCCUGUCUUUACAUGUAG